AUGGUUUAUUUCUUCAAAGCAGCUAUCAAGUCUGAUCUAGACGAAUUCGCUCUAGAUGACGGCUCGGAAUGCGUCAUCUACAUGGGUAGAGAUAAGGUGGAGAACGAUACCCUUUUGAAGAAGUCGCAUCCAAAGAAUAUAUGGUUUCACGUCGACAAGCAUAGCUCUGCUCACUUGUACAUACAGCUUAGUGCUGAGGAGCAGAACCAGAAGUUUGAAGAUCUCAAGCUCAGUCAAGAUCUACUAGAACAGGUCGGCCAGCUCACGAAAGCUAACUCCAUCAAGGCCAACAAGCUCAACAACAUAUCCAUCAUAUAUACCCCAGUUGAUAACCUUAGAUCGGAUGGCUCAAUGGAUAUCGGUACUGUCACAUUCAUUAACCCUCAGAAGGUGAAGCGUGUUCAUAUUUCCAAGAAAGAGAACGCCAUUGUGAAUAAACUCAACAAGACAAAGACAGAGAUGUCCACUGAAGCAUUUGCCCAGCAGCAAGAUGAAAUGCUCAAAGAGUGGACAAGAAACAAGAAAGAGCUUCAAAGGAAACAAGAGCAAAAUGAGAGAGAGGUUUCCAAGCAAUACGAAGAGCAGAAAGCUUUUAAUAAAGACCCAUACGCAAGUAUGUUCUCAGAGGAGAACCUACGUGCCAGCAGCAACGAAUUCCGUAACGAGAAUUGGGUUGAAGACGAGUUUUGGUAA